AUGGCCUCGUCUUCUUCAUCUUCUCAAGUGAAGUAUGAUGUUUUCCUCAGUUUCAGAGGUGAGGACACUCGAGACAAUUUCACCAGCCACCUCAAUGCAGCUUUGUGUUGGAGAAAGAUUGUUACUUUCAUCGAUGAUGAACUUGUAAGAGGAGAUGAGAUUUCACCAUCUCUUUUGAAUGCGAUUGAGGGAUCGGAGAUUUCAAUCAUCGUUUUCUCUAAGGGUUAUGCUUCUUCUACAUGGUGCCUGCACGAGCUUGUAGAGAUCCUCAAUUGCAAGGGAACGUACGGUCAGGUUGUGAUUCCUGUGUUCUAUCAUGUCGAUCCAUCAGAUGUAAGGAAGCAAUCAGGGACUUAUGGAGAUGCAUUUGGUAAGCAUGAAGUAAGAUAUAUGGAGAGGAAAGAGAUGUUGCAGAGAUGGAGGAAUGCUUUAACGGAAGCUGCUAAUUUAUCUGGCUUUGAUUCAAAUUCCACAAGGUGA